CAAUUCUUUUGAUUGAUAUUUCAAAUUGAGAACCUAUUGAAUGCUUACAUUAAAGUUAUAUAAAUAUAUCUGUUGUUCAAAAAGUUUUGGUAUUCACUCUUAUCAAGCCUUUGGCAAAACUAUACAUAUAUUUUGUGAUAGAAAAUGAAAUUUUUAAUUACAAUAAUUUGUUUAUUUUUAAUGAUUGAUUGGUUGAGAAGUCAAGAAUUGCCACCGAGUGUACCACAAGUACCACAAAUUAAUACGGAUUGUGGCCAAAAUUCAUCGUUCAAACGCUGUCUAACCCGAUGUCCGCUUACUUGCAGUAAUUACUUGAAUCCACCUAAAGGUUGUGUACCUAACUGUGCCAUUGGUUGUGAGUGUCAUCAGGGGUUCAUCAAAGUAGAUAAGGGUCCGUACAGUCAAUGUGUCCGACCCUUUGAGUGCGCCCUUUACGGCAAAAAGUCGUCGAUAUUUAGCAAGAAAUUGCUUAACAAAAGUAUUUGAUGACCACUCAAAUGCUUUUCAAUAUCUAUCAUAUCAUCAUUUUUAAUGUUUUUAUUACUUAAUUUACUGGAUUUGCAUUAUUGUUAAAAAUCAUUUUUCAUUAUUUUAAAUAUUAAUACUAAACAUGUUUUGCUAUCAUUUGUCAACAUUUUUAUUGUUAUGAUUAUUACUAUUAUUAUAAACAUUUUUUGUUAACAAUCUUAAUCUAUAAGGUUUGAUAUGCAUAUACUGGUUAUUAAAUAACUUUAUUUUUGAUUGGUUUCAUAAUUUGUUAUUUAUGAUUGUUCAUUAUUUAUUCAUAAUAAGCAAGUUUUUUUAAUAAUUAAAAUAAAAAACAGUUAAUAUAUUAUAUCAAUUAUUGUG